CAUGUAAGGGUUAAACCCAGCGCGUAAUGACGAGGAGGUGUUUUGUUUGGGAUGUAAAGGCAGGAUCGGGUCCCACCCAUAGUGACACACUUCCUCAUCCAGUCCAAACUCACGAGCUUCAAUCAUCGCAUCACACACAGCACAGUGUCAGAGAUGAGUUACCCCGGAUACCCUCCUGCAGGUGGAAGUUACCCGUAUCAGCAGGCCCCAGAGGGAUACCCGCCCCAACCAGGAGCCUAUCCACCCCAGGGCGGAUUCUACCCCCCUCAGCCCGGAGCAUAUCCCCCCGGAGCAGGAUACCCUCCCCAGGCCGGCGGUUACCCAGCUGCCCCAGGAGGAGGCUUUCCUCCACAGGCAGGAGGUUACCCUGGGGCCUACCCCAACAUGCCCCCCGCAGGCCAAUCCGGUGGAUGGAGCGGCCAACCAGGCUUUGGAGCUCCGGGUGGAGGAAUGCCUCAGGGUUACCCCGGGGUCCCAGCGCCAGGACAGCAGCCCAUGCCAGGGUACCCAGGUGCUCCGAAUCCGACAGUGCCCGGGUACGGAGGGGGCGUCCCGACCGGACCGACUGCACCGGUCGCUCCUACUGUCAAUAAGGGUUUCCGCGGAUCCAUCAAGGACUUUCCUGGCGCCGAUCCGCUCCGAGACGUCGAGGUGUUACGGAAAGCCAUGAAGGGCUUCGGAACCGAUGAAAACGCCAUUAUUGAGCUUCUCGGGACUCGGUCCAACAAGCAGCGCGUGCCGUUGAAGGCGGCGUAUAAAACCACCUACGGCAAGGAUCUGGUUAGCGACCUGAAGUCAGAGCUGAAAGGAGACUUUGAAGAUCUGGUGCUGGCCAUGCUGAAGACCCCUGCACACUUCGAUGCCUCUGAACUCAGGGAGGCCAUAGCAGGCGCAGGAACCGACGAGGCCUGUCUGAUAGAGAUUCUGUCCUCUCGUAGUAAUGCUGAGAUCCAGGAGAUUAAUCGGGUGUAUAAGGCAGAGUACGGUAAAUCUCUGGAGGACGCCAUCAGCGGAGACACGUCUGGACACUUUCGCCGUCUGCUCAUCUCUCUGUCUCAGGGUAACCGAGAUGAGAAAGAGACUGUGGACAUGUCUCUGGCCAAACAGGAAGCUCAGAAACUCUACGCCGCAGGAGAGAAUAAAGUGGGCACAGACGAGUCUCAGUUUAAUGCGAUUCUGUGCGCUCGCAGUAAACCUCAUCUGAGACAAGUGUUUCAUGAGUACCAGCAGAUGUGCGGUAAAGACAUCGAGAAGAGCAUCUGCAGUGAGAUGUCUGGGAACGUGGAGUCUGGGAUGGUGGCAGUGGUGAAGUGCAUUAAGAACACUGCUGCAUACUUUGCUGAACGUCUCCACAAGGCCAUGCAGGGAGUGGGAACCAAAGACAGGACUCUGAUCCGAAUCAUGGUGUCCCGCUCUGAGGUGGACAUGCUGGAUAUCAGACAGGAGUAUCUGCGGCUGUACGGGAAAUCACUCUACACUGCCAUCUCUGGAGACACCUCUGGCGAUUACAAGAAACUGCUUCUGAAGCUGUGUGGAGGAAGUGACUGAAGAAACAGGAAGUCAGACACGUUAGCAUGACGACUGGAUCUGUGACGUCAUCAUCAUCAUAUAAUCACGCUUGCAUAUGGAUAUGUCACAUGAUCUCACUAGUGUCGAUUUAACUAAUGCGGUAGUCUCUGUUCAAAGCCAAAAAUAACAUUUCAUUUGUGCCUAAAGUCAUUUCUUUUAUCAUUUCAUUUCAUUUCUUUUAUUUUGCGCUCUAUUCAGACUAUGCAUGAAAUCUAGAGAAUAAACCUUUUGUGCGGUGUCUUCAGUACCUGAUGCCAAAUAGUCCUUAAAUAUAUGCCAUAGUUUUUAUAUCGUGAGCUUUAUGAUCUCUAUGCAAGAACAAAAUAGAAUUAUGUCCAUCAUCAUGAAGGUCUUAAUGGCUCAGUUUCAUGAAAACGUGUCAUUUUUCACCCCAAAAUUUAAAUAGAAAACAAGAAGUGAGCUUUGCUUGAAGAAAGUCAAGCCUGUUUUAGGAACACUGAGAUCUGUUUGCUUUAUCAGUUUUUCAUGCCAUUUUUCUGCUUAAUUUCCUGUAUUGCAUCAUUUAUGUUUUUUUUUCACAAGUUUUUUGGUGAUUUUCUGAACAGUGAUUCUUAAUAAAUGCUGGUUUAUAACAAAAACUCAUUAUUUUCUACAACUAAUACUAAAAUUGUUUAAUAACAUUUCUUUUUUUUUACCAUUUAAACUAUUUUAAAUAAUAUUUUUGCAUCAUGGCAAUGCAUAUUUAUGGAUCCUAAAUAGACUUAAUUUUUCAUGCAUGCAAAACCUUUUCUUUUAUUGAGUUUGGGGUGAAUAUUGACAGUAAUUGUCAUCAUCGUCCGUGUCUAGCAUGAAUCUGAUCAGUAAAGUCAGCUGAUCAUCUUCAUCUGAUAAUAAUCACUAGUUAAACAGGAGAUUCUGACCUGUUUAUUAACAUGAAGAAUACUCUUUUUCAGGGAUUAAGAGCUUGUGUGUUUAGUAUGUGAACUUAAUCAAACUAAUCUGUACUGUAGUGACAUUUGUGUCUGGUUAAUAAAACACUUCAUGAAUGAA